GCGCACCGCCUGAAGAACGACGCCACGCUGACCAACCGCGCGCUGGACAGCCUGGCCUGCCGCCGCCGCGUGCUGCUCAGCGGCACCCCGCUGCAGAACCGGCUGGACGAGUUCUACGGUGGGUGCCACGCCACGGGGGAGAAGGGGGCCGGCAAGGAGGCAGAGGGCUUUGAGGGCUGUGCCUCCUUCUUCCCGCCCAACACCUUUGGGGGCGGGCGCACCGGGCGCGGCGGCAUGAACCCAGGCUGGGAGCUGCUGAGCGGCAAGUUUGCGGUGCUGGCGGGCCUGCUGGGCCUGCUGCGGUCCUGCACGCGGGACCGCAUCGUGGUGGUGUCCAACUACACGCAGACGCUCGACCUGGUGGCGCAG